AUGUCUGUUUCGGCUGUGCUUCAUACGGAGCCGUUGGUUCCACGACUGCAUGCAGCCGCCAUCUGCCAUGAGCAACUCUCCGCCGUGUUCACCCCCGCCUCCCCCCCUUCCCCCCACCCGAUGCGCGCCCCCAGGCACCGUGACGGCGCUGCUUCGCUGGCCCACCGCUCCCCCGGGGCGGACGAGUACAUUCAGAGGGCGCUCGUGGAGGAGGACGUGGGGGGGCGGGAGGGCAGCGCGGAGGGGGACACGGGGAGGGUGGGGGAAGCUGCAGGGGAGGAGGGGCGCAGGCUGUAUUCGCGUGGUGACUUUGCAGCGGCUAAGGCCAAGUCCCUUGACGCCUAUCUGACCACCAAGGUGGGCAUGUUUCCGGACGUCCUUGAGAGGCUGGCUCUGCGGCAUCUGGAGCAGGGCGACCAGGUGUCAGCGCUGGUGGCGGGGGAGUUCUAUGCGCGCAAGCACUUCCCGGGCUUCGCACAUCCCUUCACCUUCAACGCGCAGCUGCUGCUCAGAGUUGGAAGGCCAACAGAGGCGAGGGAUGCAGCGCGCAUUGCACUCAAGUCCCCCUGGUGGACUCUGGGGGCCUCGUACCAGGAGGUGGCGGAGCUGGCGGGGUACGGGGACUCGCAGCUGGAGUAUGCAUUGGAGCGGCUGACAGAGGAGGGCAGGAAGGAGGACGUCAACAAGGGCAAGGCGGAGGCGCAGGUGGCAUUGGACCAGGCAGCCUUUCUGCUGGACGUGGCAGCAGCAGAGGGCACGUGGGACGAGACGCGUGAGCAGCUGGCAGGGCUGUACCGAGAAGCAGGGGUGGAGGAGAUGGCCUCGUUUGUCCUCGCUGGACCGCCAACCUCAACAUAG